AUGACUGUCAGCGAUUACGAGGCGAAGUUUACCCGCCUACUGAGGUAUGGAGGGCAUCUGGUGCCCACCGAGGCGUCGAAGAUCCAGAAGUUCGUUGCUGGACUCCGACCCUACCUACGAAGGAGAAUCGAGAUCCAGGAGUACCCGACGCUGAGUCGGUAUAUCGCCCAGCUGGAGAAGGUGGAACGUGGAGAGCAAGAGGAGAAUGAGGGGAAGAUCCGUGAGCGGAGCCCCGCUGGGAGAUACUUCGGUGCGGGUUCAUCUGGGAAGAACGCUCGAAACCAUGACCCGCGUGACAAGGGCAAGGCGCCGGCUGUUCGUGCGCCGCCACCACCACCGAUGGCUAGGGGUCCAGUGGUAUGCUACCGUUGCGACCAGCCGGGGCACAUUGCGUCUCGUUGUCCAACGAGACCCAUGGGACCACCGGCAGUGGCACCGAGGCCUCCACGACCACCAGGCCGGGCAGACAGACCGCCCCGACCCCCGGCGAGGGUAGGGAUCGCCCCCAGAGUCUAUGCCCUCGAUGCUGAGCGAGACAUCCAGGAGGAGGAGGAAGCUUGUCCAGAAGAAGCGGAGGCUGCAGUGAUCGCAGGUACCCUCUGCUUAUACGGGGUGCCCUGUUAUACCUUGUUUGACAUGGGAGCGACUCAUAGUUUCGUGAGUACGAACUUAGUGGAUGUGAUCGGUACAAGGGAUAUAGAGCCGAGGAAUGACUUCACCGUGCGCAUACCUUCGGGAGACACCUUGACAGUGCACGGGGUCCUACGAGGCAUACCCCUUGAGGUUUGCGGUCGUCUACUAACCACAGAUCUCAGUGUGGUACCUAUCGGAGGAUUUGAUGUUAUUCUGGGCAUGGAUUGGCUGAUGAGAUACCAAGCCCACAUCGAUUGCCCGAGGACAAUCUGGUUUGCGGACGAAUUCGGAGGGUUCGAGUUCCGAGGUCGAGGAGCAUCGGCAGCGGAACCGAUCAUCUCGGCGCUGAAAGCCGAGAAGAUGAUCCGGAACGGCAGCGAAGCAUUCCUGGUAGUCAUUACAACUACACAGGAAUCGGGGGAGAGACUAGAGGAUACUGCUGUUGCCCGGGAGUUUCCAGAUGUAUUCCCUGACGACCUGCCAGGAGUACCGCCCCGUCGGGAAGUCGACUUCAGUAUAGAUGUGCUACCCGGUACCGAGCCAAUCUCCAAGGCUCCGUAUCAGAUGGCACCUACGAAGAUGGCUGAAUUGAAGAAGUAG